AUGAUCAUCGACGAGGGAGGUGGCGUCAUUGCAGCUGCCAGACCUAAGCAGGUCGAGAAUUCUGGACUGGCCGUCAUCUCUGGCGCGCUUGCCGAAUUCAAAGUUGCUGGCGAAUACAUCUCUCCUGACUUCGUGCCGAGUUUCGAGGAUGCGUUGUUCACAUGUGACAACGCGAUGGUGGCCUGCACUACGUUUCUGACGUCUGCGGAGAACCAGAUGGCCCAAAUCGUGCUUGUCGUGUGGAGCGAAUCUCACCAGAACCCGGCGGUUCUCUUCUCGCGGCUAGAUGUUCUGAAGAAAGAGCUUGAGUGCAUCAAGCCUAUCCUGCAGCACUCCUGCGGAAAGCCCUACUGA